AUGGCUUCUACCGAUCAACCAACUCGAGAGCCGCAUCUCAUGCACCGCUCGCUUCUUCACGCACCUGAAUCCGUCGUCUCCGCAUCAGGCGUCUAUCUUACGCUAUCAUCCGGCCGCCGAAUCCUCGAUGGCUGCGCAGGUGCUGCAGUUGCCAUCAUCGGCCACGGACGCACCGAGAUCCGUGAUGCCAUUGUCGAACAAGCUGACAAGGUCUCGUACGUUCACACAAUGGCCUAUACCACCGAUAGCUCCGAGAACCUCGCAAACUUCCUCCUGGAAGGUAACCCUUUUGAUUUGACGAGGGCUUAUCUUAUCGGUUCUGGGAGUGAGGCUAUGGACUCGGCUAUGAAGCUUGCGAGGCAGUAUCACGUCGAGAAUGGACAACCCCAGCGGACACGGUUUGUCUCGAGAAGACAGGCUUAUCACGGCAACACCAUCGGAGCUAUGAGCGUGGGCAGCAACCUAGCCAGAAAAGCACCUUACGAGGGAGCUCUUCUGCUUGACAAUGUGAGCUACGUGAGCCCUGCGUAUGGGUAUCGCGGACAAAAGGACCACGAAACGGAAGAUGAAUACGCAAACAGACUGAUCACCGAACUUGACAACCAUUUCCAAGAAGUCGGUCCAGACAAGAUCAUCGCAUUCAUCGCCGAAACAGUCGGAGGAGCAACAGCCGGCUGCAUCUCGCCUCCAGCAGGAUACUUUGAAGGAGUUCGAAAGGUCUGCGACAAGUACGGCAUACUCUUGAUUCUCGAUGAAAUCAUGUGUGGAAGUGGAAGGACAGGAACUUUCUUUGCCUUUGAACAAGAUGGCGACGUUCGUCCUGAUCUUGUCACGAUCGGCAAAGGCCUGGGUGGAGGAUACGCUCCUAUCGCUGCUACACUCGUUCAUCGAGACAUUGUUGAGACUCUCAAGAAGGGCACUGCGAGCUUCAACCAUGGCCACACAUAUCAGGCUCAUCCUUUGAGCUGUGCCGCAGCUCUGGCUGUUCAAAAGAUAGUCAAGGACGAAAACUUGGUUUCCCGGUGUGCUGAGCUAGGAUCUCGACUGCACAAGACUCUCGUGGAAGUCUUUGGUCCUCUCGACUAUGUCGGCAACAUUCGUGGCCGGGGAUUGUUCUGGGGCAUAGAAUUUGUCGAGGAUAAAAAGACAAAGAAGCCAUUUGACAGCAAGUUGCGCUUCGGAGUUCAGGUUCAAGAGAUGGCCUUUCGGCUUGGGUUGGCUGUGUAUCCGGGAACUGGGACUGCGGAUGGAUAUGUGGGAGAUCACAUCAUCGUUUCUCCUCCACUGACUAUCACUGAGGAGGAGAUGGAUAUCAUGAUUGAUUUGUUGAAGCAGGCGUAUGACAAGGUGGCCGCGUCGGUUAGAGGAUAG